AACGAGUAUAUUGCCAACGAGAUGCCCAUUCGUCUACUUUACAUCAGUGGAGAUGGUCAGGAGAAGAAUUUUAAACUGGUAGACAGGACCGACGUCAAGCUGCACUUCAAAUCAGUCCCUGGCGACAUUUACAAAGAAUUUCGCAAUGAAAGGCUAUUCGACAGGGAGGGCAGUAUCAGGAAGCGGAUGGCUGCCCAAAGAGCUCUUGUAUCAAGAUAUAUCGACGGAACCGAUGAAAAAACUUCAGGAGUUUUGCCACACAUGCUGCAUAGACAAAACAAGCAGCGCAGAGAAUUCCCAUACAUGCAUCGCAUACCUGACUUGGAGGAGGGUGAAAACGGUGAAAGAGUGAAGGUUGAUAUUUGGUUCACAAGAGGAUGGACGCUUCAAGAGCUCCUCGCUCCGUCGCGAAUCAAGUUCUACGGAGCCGACUGGAAGCCCCUCAUACCGCUCCGCUACUCCGAGAGCGACAGAGUCAGCAUGACCAUCAUGCGAAAGAUAUCAACAAUCACGCACAUUCCUCUCGAAGAUCUUGAAUCGUUUAUCCCUGGCACAAAUCGAGUACCGGAAAAGAUGUUGUGGGCGUCUAAGAGGCGAACGACACGCAUCGAAGAUACCGCAUAUUCUCUCAUCGGAAUAUUCGAUGUCAGCCUCAUGAUCGCAUACGGCGAGGGAAAUAGGGCCUUCUUCCGUCUCAUGGAGGAGAUAAUGAAGAGAUACGACAAAUGGGACAUGUUUCUCUGGAGUGGUCAAUGCUCCCACUACAAUGCGACCCUUCCCGAGGCUCCGCGCUGUUAUCCGGUGGGAUAUCGGGAAACGCUUGUGAAGCGCCCGCACGAAGCAGGCAAUGAAGAGGAAUGGAAUACAGCGAGCUGCGGGAUUGGAGAUAGGCUCUUUGCCUUGACCAACCAUGGCCUCCGAAUCAAGGUGCUCGUACUGGACGUCGAUUUACGACACACAACAGACGAGUCGCACGAUUCAAGAUGCCUUACUUUCGGGCGUGCAGAGUUCGAGGUGGUGGCAGUGAGGCACAUUGGAGCAAAACGCGAACCUCGUUGCACCAUCUGGGCAAUAGGUAUCCUGGACUACUGGGUUGACGUCAGUGGGAUGGGUUUCAUCGACAGGUCUAGGGAAUUUACCGCGUUUCUGUUGUCCAUGGAUAGAAAUCCAUCUCCAGAUCCCAGGUGGAAGAAGGAGAUGACAAAGGAAGUUAUCAAAAUUCAACCAGACGGUCAUGUAGGACACCCUUUGAGCCAGUUGUAUCUUUAACGAUAUGUCAGGACUCAUGCUCGCAACACAUACAAACUCUUUCAUCAAUACUUGUAUCGUUCCUUGUCGUUCUUGCUACUUGCUGGCAAAGGUUGGUAGCGGAGUUACAAUUAUUACCAGCAAGUUUCAUCGAUCG